GGUAGUGACUCGUGUGGGAGUUCCCUGGAGUCCACGAUGGAAAAGGAAAGGCCUUUAUCAAACGGAAUGAAGGUCUGUGCCUCGUCAGUGUGUGAAUAACAGGGCAGGAGCAUGGCUGCAGCGUUCCUUGAUGGUAGGGAUGCUCACUCGGUCCUGAAGCGUUUCCCUCGAGCCAAUGGCUACCUGGAGGAGCUGAGACAAGGCAACAUUGAGAGGGAGUGUGGUGAGGAGAGCUGCAGCUUUGAGGAGGCCAAUGAAGUGUUUGAGAACAAAGAGAGAACGAUGGAGUUUUGGAAAACCCGUGGUGCCUACACAGUGAGCAGUAACAACGAGGGUCGCUCUGAGCGCGCUGACACAGUCUACAUGGUGGUUCCUCUGCUGGGCGUGGCCCUGCUCAUCAUCAUUGGCCUCUUCAUCCUCUGGAGGUGCCAGCUUCAGAAGGCCACCCGUCGAAGACCCGCCUACACCCAAAACCGCUACUUGGCCAACAACCGCAGCACCCGCAGCCUGCCGCGAAUUCUCGUUUACAGGGAAACAGUUUCACACAAUGAAAGCUCUCACCACGAGUCCAGCUCACAUCCCACUGUAGUUGUGAGCGGUGCUGAGCGAGGAGGAGGUUCCCAGAUGGAAUCACAAGGCCUUCACCAGCAGAACACACACGGCCUCUAUGUCCAGGACUCCUCCAUGUCGGUGGCCUCUCGGUUAUCUGGUGCCACGCCACCUCCAUCUUAUGAAGAGGUGACGGGACACCUGGAGAGCAGUGGUGAUGAGACCUCAGCACCUUCAUACAGUGACCCUCCACCCAAAUAUGAGGAGAUAAUAAAGGAGAAAUGAUCUCCUUAUGCAUCUGAAUGAGGCCAAUGCUGACUGCUGGUUGGUGACACCCAUGUUAUUUGUUGUUUUUCGGCACCAUAAAACACUUUUGUUUGACUCCUGUGCUGUGUUUCCAACAUGGUACGGUUUGGUUUGCUACAGUAUAGUUUGGAAUGGUAAAGCCCCGGGUCAGGCUUGUGUUUUGACUGAGAACAGUAGCUUUUCAUGGUAGACGCGGUGUCGGCUGUGCCUGAUGGCCGUGUCAGCGAGAUACAUAGCGUGACGUCCUACGACGGUAUGGUCUGUAAUGGUAUAGCCCUGGGUCAGGCUUGGGUUUUGACUGAGAACAGGACCUUUUCAUGUGAGUGACAACAGACAAAAAUGGAGGACAUCGAGAGUUCUCUUUUCCUGCUCGGUUUGUUGCUGUUUGUCUCAACAGGACGUCACGUUUUGUGUGAGAAUAACAGGAAAUCAUUGGACUGUACCAUACCACUUUACUCCGGUACACCAAAGGAAGGGUGCAAAAAUAAUGGAAUGAAAGGGGCUGGUUAUUUUGGUACUGUGACUGUACCAUACUGAACCGUUCAAUGAAAACACGGCUGUGGUUGCAACCUUAAGUCACACUGGAUUUUGUUCACAGUCACGUCAGGCACUUCAUUUAUUUUGCUCCUCAUUUUGCUGCAGCACACUGUAAAUGGCAGACAUUUUGCGUGCAGCCCAGUGACUGUAUAUAAACAUCAACUACAUCUAACAGCUACCAAGAGGGAAGCCAAAACAUCCUCCAGCCCGAUGUUUAAUUAAACAUGUUGUUUUCUGUACACAAUGUACAAAGGUAACUUUUCCAUGUUUUGCAGAAACGUAAAACAGCAAAGUUUCCUCAGAGACCAGGCUGGUGUGUGACUCUACAGACUGGAUUUACUGUACGUAGUCAGUAGUGAGAGUAUUUGGAGUCCAAGCCAAAGUUGUUAAAUGGAUAAUUUCCUGUUUUGUUUGCUGUUCAUUGUUGUUUAUAUCCAGAUUUCCAUAGAAAGUUGAAUGGAAAGCCAGCAGGGCUUUAAAUUCACCUCCUAUCAUUCGACCACGAACAAGACUAUGCUCACAUUUUUGAUACUUAAACUACUGACUGUGUACUUUGUUACAGUGUUUGUAGAAAAGCUCUGUCUCUGAGAGUAAAUCCCUGUAUUUCACUGUGAAUCCCGUCAUGUUAGACAGUUAACUUCUUUCAUCUGCUGUGGCCUCGUGGUGAUGAACCAGGUUCUGUUGCUUUGGGUAAAAAUGUGUGUGGACUGAAUCUCCUUAGUAAUGACUUCUGCUCCCCUGCUGUGCCAAACAGGUGGGAGUUUAUCCGUUGCCAAAUGUGCUUUGUCUCAGUACUUUCUAUAUAAAUCUAUGUGUGGACCAAACUGAUAUCUACUCUGUACAGGCCUUAUUUCCUGCAGUUUAAGACAGGGGCUUUGUAUAAAUACGUUAAAACUAGGGACACUUUUUCUUGCCACAGACCAGCCUCCCUAUUCCUUUGUUUUUGUUUUGGUUAAUCUGUUUAAGUAAAAUGAAAAAAAUAGAAAUGUUUAGCUUUAAUAAUCACAUUACCAAUUAGUGAUGAAGCUGCAAAAUUACCAAAUGUCUGCCCCAGCUGUGCAGAUUAGAUGCUUUUUAUUGUUUUGUAUUGGUGUAAUUUUAAUAUUUGGGUUUUGGGCUAUUGUUAAUGAAGAAAAUAAUCAGUAUAAUUGCAAGGCAGACCUGAAGAGUAUCAUUCUGUCCUCUAAACUAAUGUAGCGUAUUACACUCCUGUUUACUAUAAGAACACGCCUGGACCUAGACCACAAAGAAUCGUUCUCUUUUCAGAAAAUAUUUACCCGUUGUCCUGCUUCUUGAAGAAAACAUACAGUACACACUGCCACAAGAAACACAGCUUCACAAAUACACACUAUUCACACGUGUACAAUCAAUAUUCUGUGUGUGUAGCAGAGGUUGAUUGAUUUUAAGUAGGCACUUGCAGGAAAAUGUUGACUUUCUGCUGCAUACUACUAAUAUAUCAUCUUCCUAGUAUGUACUCAGUAUUUGAAUGCAUGUACUUUAUACAUAAACAUCUUUAUGUACGCUCACGAUAAGCAUGCUACACUCAUAAAGCGCCUGUGUUCCUGUUUGCAGGACGAGGUGAUCAGUGAAUGUCAUUGUUUUGCUUUUAAAACACAACUCUGACUACAAUUGUUACGUUUUAAAUGGUGCAGUUACUGUGACGCUAUAGUUGUUGUGCGGAGACUGGAAACAAUCAAGGCAAGGUCGGAGACACAGUGUAGCAUCACUGGAGAUGUGACCUUCAGGCUGACGGUUGUUGAAGAGCAGUUUUUCAGCACUUGGUGGUGAAAUAAUCAAAUGUUCAGCUUUUUAGUCGUUUGAAGGACUCUUUAAUGUUUACAAAUGUUAUGCCAAGUGUCAACGUGUGAGUGGGAGUUUCUUUGAGUGUGUUGUUUGGUUGUUGCCUUCAAGGAGACUGAUUCAGAAGAUAAAAUUAAACCUGAUAGAAUAAAUAUGGGUCACUGAUGACAUCUGUUUAAGAACCAGCUCCCUGAAAGGUCUAGAUGAUUUUAAAUAAUGUAUGAUUUAUAUGUGUAAAAGCUGGUUUCAUGUUCAAAUGGUGUUUUUGUGCAUUUGUUUUCACACUUUUGAUGCAAAUUAAAGUCUUUAGGUCUUAUAAAAUUAUAAUGUAACUUGCCAGAAAGUGUGAGAAAGUAGAUGAUGGGAACCAGUGUGUGGAAAACACUAUAGCUGCUUUCAGACAUGCACCAAACUGCAGACCUCACCCAGAUUUUUGACAUAAUCUGCAGUUCGUGUCUGAACACAGUUAGAAAACCCAGUGCCAUGGUCAGCAUCUGCCACACAUCAGCACACACGACUUGCCAUCCUAUUCAUAUAUACUGUGCACACAUAUCGAAUGUAAAACAAGAUAGUGUAUUUAAAAAGUUUAACCAAAGUUGCUAAAUUAGAGGAUAAGAUUAUCUCCCGUAUGUUUCCAGUUCAGCUUUGUUGCCAACAAAUAUCUCUAAAUCAUAUCUAGACCUGACCAGGCCUGAACACUUGUACAGUAUAAGACAUGUGACCUGACCAAUGGGCUGAUUAAAGGGUCUGGUAGUCAGGUUUCUAUUUCUGUUUUGCAGAGUGAGGUUCUUGUGAUAAAUUUGUUGCAUAUAUGAGUGGACUUUUACCUCACUACAUCUUGGUAAGGUGCACUUUGUGCACCAGUGGCUUAAUUUUGUAUCCUGUGCUAAAGUUCUUCACUGCCUCACUUACAGCCUGCAGCUGUUUCACACAGGCUUUUGUUUGAUCACUUCCCAGGAAGAAACACUGUUGGGGAAAAGUGACUAAUGAUAUAUUUAAUCAUGUAUGUUUCAUAUAAAAGUGAUUCUUUCCACCAAAA